AUGCCUUUCCUAGGAAUCCUCGACGACACAAAAAUCCCACACAUCCCAGGAACCGUCAUCCUCGAAGAAACCGCUGCCCACUCCCAAGAAGUCACAGGCGGUCUUAAGCAUGGAACCGGACGCAAUGCCAACAUCGUCCUCGUACCUCAACCUUCCAACGACCCCAACGAUCCCCUAAACUGGCCCAUGAGCAAGAAACUCACGGCGCUCGGAAUCACAUGCUGGGGGGCCAUCUUGUACGCGGCUGUUGUGAGCGCAAUGCUCAACGCUGCCUUCGCUACCAUGGCGGUUGAAAUCAACACUACCAUCUCCAAGCUGGUGCUGGCAUCAGGCUAUCAGACGCUUGUCAUCGGCGUGACGGGCCCACUUUUCUCAGCCUUGUCGCGGAAAUGGGGCAAGAGGCCGAUUUUCCUCCUUGCUUCGAUUCUCUGUCUCAUCGCCGACAUCGUGGGAUCGUGUGUCAACAGUUACGAAGGUGUGCUGGCGUCGCGGAUCAUUCAGGGAUUUGCCAUUGCGCCGUAUGAGUCGUUGAUCUUUACGUUGAUCAGUGACAUGUUCUUUGUCCAUGAACGUGGUUUGUAUGCUUCGUGCAUCAAUUUCAUCUUGGCUGGCAUUUCGAAUCUCACGGGCGUGGUCGCCGGUCCUAUUGCGUCGAAUCUAGGCUGGAGAUGGCUAUAUUACCUUCUGGUUCUAUUCGGUGGGACCCAAACGAUCCUUCAAUUCCUCUUCGUUCCCGAAACAAGCUAUAACCGCGACCGCCGCUAUGAGAUCGACGAAAUGAAAAACGACAAUCUCCAAGACGUCGCGGCUUUCGAGUACCAGGAGAAACUGAACAUGGAAAAGCCCGGCCUUGCCAGGGCAACACACACGGAAGAAGCCAGUGAGGGUGUCUCGCAAACUUCAUCCCGCCAAGAAGAAGCUGUUCCUCGAGUCUAUCACAAAAAGACAUUCGUUCAAGAGCUGGCGAUAUUCUCCGGAACAUAUUCGAACGAGAACUUCUUGCAAUUGAUCAUCGCCCCUUUCGCUGUGGUCGUCAACCUGGCGGUCUCGUGGAUCUUGAUCGUCAACUCCAUGUUCGUUGUGCUCUACGUUGUGAUCGCUUUCGUUCUAGCCCAGCUAUUCUCACCGCCCCCAUACCUCCUCAGCCCCGCCAGCAUCGGGUACUUGUCCCUUGGGCCUUUUGUCGGCGGCGCCUUGGGCUCUAUCAUUCUCGGCCUUCUUUCAGACCCGUUAAUCAAAUGGUGCGCUCGCCGCAACAAAGGCGUCUACGAGCCCGAGUACCGGCUCAUUCCAUGCACAUUUGGCGUUUUCAGUGGCGUCGGUCUCAUGCUUUUUGGGCACCUCGUCUCGAUCGGCGCAUCCCCUUACGCCUGUGCCACCGUUCACGGCCUCAUGCUCUUCGGCGUCAUGUUCCUUUGCAUCGGCACCUCGAAUUACGCGCUCGACGCCUACCGGGGAAUGGCCAACGAGAUCUUCAUCGCUAGUAUGGCUGUGAAAAAUAUAAUUCUUUACGGAUUCAGCUAUUUUGUGAAUAAUUGGACGGCGAGCGCAGGGCCGGAACAUGUAUUUUUCGUCUGGGGAGGGGUAGCGUUUGCACUGAUUGCGACGUUGCCUGUCAUGUUCUUCUUGGGCAAGAGGUAUCGGAGCUAUUGGGCGAGGAAUAAUUUGUUGGAGAAAAUGCAUGUCAGGACGCAUGAAGAGUAA